AUGAAGCUAAUGAUCAUUCUUUUCCUCGUGAUACCGGACUUUGGAAGAGCUUCUCACUUAUACAGUCAGCUCAUUCAGUUGUGCAUCUGCAUCAAUCCAUAUGUACUCACAAGCAAAUUCAGGAACUGGAAGAAGGUCUUUGUGGAGAAAGAAGACUUUCUAAUGCUGGCUGAGAAAUAUAUAACAGAGAAUGGAACUGAAGCCUUAGAGAAACUCAUGGCUAGCAUGACAAAUAAAGUAAGGCUUCCCUUGGAACAGAAAGACAUCAAAGUUUUGGAGAUGAUUGAAAAAGAGGAGGUCCCUGAUGGCAAGCAAGAUUUCUUGUAUCUUUCAAUUAAAAGAUGCAGGGCUAAUACAGCGCUGUGCAGCCUCAAAUCCAAUGAGAACACAUCAUCUACCAUAGCAAAAACUGAAAGAAUGGCGGGAAAAUAUGCAGAAAGUGGUGCAUCUCCUCAGAUUUCUGCAUCUGAGAAAUUUCAGAAAGAGUGGACUUCACUGAAAGCCAAAAACCAGUCUGUUGCAGUGAAAGUUUUGGUGAAGAAGAAUGAUGGAGAACCAGAGAAGAUGAUCAAUACUUUGAAUUCGUUAGAAAAGAAGAUCAAAACCUGUCAUGAUCCAAGAAUAGAGAAGGAGGAUGUGGGAAUUGUAAAUGGGCAAAAAUAUUAUUAUAGGCCGAAGAGGGCUGCAGCAGAUCGGGGAAGCAUAACCAAAGGUGUUCUUGCUAAUCCCAAGGAGCCAGUACCGCAGAAGAACUGUGGAAUGUCAGUUGGGAGGAAUAAUCCCAGAUUAAGAUGUGAUGUGAUAUGA